AUGGCCGUUGCCGCGAGUGUGAGUGAGUGCUGAUCUACGUUCGCUUGAGGAUCCGCCAGACGAACGUGCCGCGGUAUGUCAGCCGUCGCAUGGCACCCGCGGCUUGCACGGGCACCCCUUUUCGCGCCACAGAGGUCCCAGACGACAUCCAUAGAGACUUGAGCGGAGGUAUGGAAAGGCUGCGUGGACAUGACAUCUGCACUUAUCGAACAGUCUUACCAUCACAACGCGUCCGCACGAAUGGGCCGAAGGACUUUGAUGUCGACGGCAAGUUGGGCAGCGAAGAUGCUCGUCUCCCAGAACUUCGAUGGACUGCCCAAAUGACUGGACACUCGAGCAACACGGCUCUUAUUGAAAUGCUCUCUGAAACGGCCCCGCAAAGGUCACGCGAGACUUGUCGCGCCAAUUUAAGCGAGUCGUGGACCUGCUCCGAGUCUGAGUGGGUCGCUCUUGAAAGCCAAGAGGUGAGUCUGAGUGUGACCUUAUCAAACCCAACUUCUUGAUGCUCUUGUGCACGUACUCAUGACUCUGCUGGUGUUGAAAAUACCUGCCUAGUUAAAGUCUCAGAUACCUAUUCAAGAUUAA